GGCACCGCCCCCCUCCCCCAGCCCCAGCCUCCCUCUCGCUCGGCGUCCAGCCCCUGCCGGAGCCGGCUCGGGCUCGGUCUCUCAUGAAUAUUGAGCGGCCCCUGUUGGAUUUCCCGAGCUCCAUUGCGGAAGCCGAGCCUCGCCAUAUUGUGCGGCGGCGCUGCCGGCGGCGGCUGGGGCCCUCGGUCGCCCUGCGUCUCCCUCCGGCUGCUGCGGCGAAAGGAGCCCGCGGAGGCUCGGGGCGGGCGCCGCAAUGUCUCAGGCUGUGCAGACAAAUGGAACUCAGCCUUUAAGCAAAACAUGGGAACUAAGUUUAUAUGAAUUACAGCGAACACCUCAGGAAGCAAUAACUGAUGGCCUGGAAAUUGUGGUGUCACCUAGAAGUCUACAUAGUGAAUUAAUGUGCCCGAUCUGUUUGGAUAUGUUGACUACUAUGACCACAAAAGAGUGUUUACAUCGCUUCUGUGCAGACUGUAUCAUCACUGCCCUCAGAAGUGGGAACAAAGAAUGCCCUACCUGUCGGAAAAAGUUGGUUUCUAAAAGAUCACUAAGGCCAGAUCCAAACUUUGAUGCUCUCAUCAGUAAAAUUUAUCCAAGUCGUGAUGAAUAUGAAGCUCAUCAAGAGAGAGUGUUAGCAAGGAUCAGCAAACACAAUAAUCAACAGGCUCUCAGUCACAGUAUUGAAGAGGGACUGAAGAUACAGGCUAUGAACAGGCUGCAGCGAGGCAAGAAACAACAGAUUGAAAAUGGCAGUGGAGCAGAGGAUAAUGGGGACAGUUCACACUGCAGCAAUGCAUCAACACACAGUAAUCAAGAAGCGGGGCCUAGUAACAAAAGGACCAAAACAUCAGAUGAUUCUGGAUUAGAACUUGAUAACAACAAUGCCACUGUAGCAAUAGAUCCAGUAAUGGAUGGUGCUAGUGAAAUUGAAUUAGUUUUCAGGCCUCAUCCCACACUUAUGGAGAAAGAUGACAGUGCACAGACAAGAUAUAUAAAGACUUCAGGCAAUGCCACAGUUGAUCACUUAUCCAAGUACCUAGCUGUAAGAUUAGCUUUAGAAGAGAAUCGGAGCAAGGGAGAAUCAAAUCAGAUGAACCUUGAUACAGCCAGUGAGAAGCAGUACACGAUUUACAUUGCUACAGAUGGACAGUUCACUGUAUUAAAUGGUUCUUUUUCCUUGGAACUGGUCAGUGAGAAAUACUGGAAAGUGAACAAACCCAUGGAACUUUACUACGCACCAACAAAGGAGCACAAAUAGCUUUGGAAAGAUGGCUUUGAAAACAAACUUUUUUUAUAGCUCUGAUUUCUUUAAUAUUAAAGAUGCACCAUCAUUGUUUUCAUGGACAUAAUCUUGGAUUUGCGUUCAGUUUCCUUGCUGAGCCAGACUUGUUUACACUAUUAGAAUUCGUGGUGGUUUUUUUGUUUUGUUUUGUUUUUUUAUUUAAGCCUUUCUUUUUCAAAGGGACUGAAUGAAGCUAUCCAGUGCAUUCUUUUGGAAUUAUCUAACUUGUGUGUCUUUUCACUGAAGAAGCAGUGGAUCCAUUGGAGGCACUCAUCUGGCAGAGGAAGAUUUAAUGGGUCUCCAUACUUCAUGGCAACCUUUAAUGAGUGUUUUUUUUCUCUCAAAAGUUUUUUUAAAACUAAAGCAUUUUAAGGUUGGUUUAUGGUGAUAUUUUUGAUAGCUAAGAGUAUAAUUGUGGAUUAGGGAUUUUUUUGAGGAACAUAGUAUAAUUUAGGAUCUAAUCUCCUUCCUGAAGACUUGAUUUAUUUAAUACAGUCCUAGUGAAAUAGGUUAUCUAUUUCACCUGAAGAGCAGGGCUUAAUGAAUACACUUACAUUUUUGUAUUGUGGGAUUCUCUUCAUUAUAUAAAAUCUCUUAGCGUUUCUGUUUAAAAAUUGAUGUUCCUUAUUUUACCGUCAAGCAGUGUCGUUUUAUUGUUUUACCUUUCUUCAUUUACCAGCCUUAGAAUUCUUGCAAUAGUUAGUGAAUUACACAAAUCAACAUUAUAAGAGAACACUGGUAUAAUAUUUGCAAAUUUACUAGGCGGUGGAGUUAAAUUAGUCCUAAAUAGGUAGUCCUCACAUGUAAAAAUUUAAGGGAUCACUUUUUUUAUCAUAACUGAAACAUCUUUUUUAGUCCCUUGUGAUAGUCAUUUUUAUAGUAUUUGAUAACCCUCUUGUAAUACCAGAGAUUCUGGGAUAUACUUACUUGCACUUUAACCUUGAUAAAAAAUACUGUACUAUUUCAAUAAGCUGCCCUCACUUCUUUUUUUGUGGCUAUGUUUUGAGAACAGCAUGACACUGACAGAAGGAAAACAAGGAUAUAAUUUUUUGUUUGAAAAGUUUUGUUUUCUAACUUUACCCCAGUGGGUUGUUUUUUUGAGUUGGGUUUUUAAUUUGGGGGGGGGGUGUUGCUAGAGCAUAAUUUGUAACUCCUUUUGAGCCACAGAAAAGUAUGUUGAACCCACCCAGAACUUGAGUUCUGCUCUGCUAGAGUGCAGGAUGCUUUGUUAAAAGAGUAGUAGCACCACCUAAGAGGAAGUUGCACUUCUUAAUUGGAAGCUACUGUAAUAUGAGGUACAGUGUUAGGUGUUUGGGAGUGACAAGGCUUUGUACUGGUGGUCAAAAAUAAGGUUCCUGUGUUAUUUCUCAUUCCUGCCACAUAUCCAGGUAUGUUUCUGAGUUUUUAGUGUUACAGUAUUUACAGAAAAUUAUUCAUAUUGACAAACCAAACCUUGUAAGGUUUUGAGAGGACAAAUGGAAUCCUCUACUUCCCUUGUAAUUAAAACCUAAUACUUGUAAAUAUUUAGCCGUCCAUUUUGACGGUUGGGGUCGGUUUUAAGUGCUUCAGCCCUACAUGAAAUCUCAAUAGUCUUAUUAAAUAAUUUUUUUUUACCAUUUCUUUCUAAUAUUUAAAACCUGUUUUUACAAAUUUUUUUUUGUAAUGUGCCAUGAAAUUGAGAGCCACCAAAAUUAAGAGAAAUUUUGUAUUUGGUACCUUUUUUUGAUGUAAUGUUCAGUUGCGUAUUAAUGCAUGUCCACUGACUAUAACCUGGGUUUUGUGAUAUAAAUACUUGGGUUUUGUUGGGGAAAAUACUAGAGUAGUGGUUGCCUCAAAUAACUAAAUCUCCCAUUGUGUGAUUUUUAAUAGAACUUUAGUCUUGAAGCAGAAGAGGUAUUUGUGAAUUUAAACUGUGUUUCUGUUUAGAGAAUGUAUGUGUGUGUUCAUGUCAGUGUGGGAGAAUGUAAUCUCUUUACACCAUUAGUGAAUUUAUUGACUGUUGUCCUUUACAAAAUAUAAUGUAAGCAUUUGAUAAAUCAUUGAGUGUACUGUCUUUAUUUAAAAAAAAAAACAACUCAAAACUUGUAUGAUUUCAAAAGCAUAUAGAUGAGGCUCCAUUGUCCGAAGCUUUCUGAAUCCUUCCAUCUAAGAGAAAUAGAAAUGACUUAAUAUAAAAAUAAGAAAUUGAAAAGUAUAUCCAAAAUGUUUCAGCUUAUUGUGCCAUUUACAUACAUAUCAACAAUAAAAUAAAUGAUUUGUAGGUCUACUUUGUCUCAAUAAUAAUCUUAUUCCCACUCAAGUUUUAUAAUAUCUGUCUUAUUUUGGCAGAUGUUUAAUUGUAAGAGUACAAAAUAUAGUAAAGCCUCAUUAAUUCAAACUAGGAAUUUGAUUUGUUUCAAAAGGUGAUAUGGGUAAGGUUUACCAGAUCACCAAGAAAAAGAUUACUUGUUCAAAAAGAGUGUGAUGAAUAAAGGGGCAGAAGGUUUCAAAAUACUUAUUUACUUAGGAUUUAUAAUUUUGGGUAGCCUUUUAAUUAUCUGCUCAUUACAGUAGCUCUACCUCAGGGCAUCUUACUAGGUAAUACUUUGACAAUUUCAUUUGUACGUUAAAAUAAUAAAUACUGUAUCGUUUAGAUCAUUUAGCUUCACGUAUUUAAGUUUAUGAGGUGUUAUAUGCAGCAUAAAGAAACUGAGGUAUUAGACAAAAAAUAAAAGGAGCUGGGAAACUUGGACUUAAAUCCUGCAUCCAUUUAUUAGCUUGUAUUUAGGCAAGCCACUUAAUUUCUCUGUUGUUUCCUUACCUGUGGCACAGGACUGUUGAGGAUCAAAUGAAAUUAUGUGUGUGAAAGCACUUGGUAAUUGUAAAGUGCCAUUGGAAUGCAAGCCAUUAUUGUUGCAUUAUAGAAGUUUUAAGUUUUUAAUGUAAUAAUAUAAAUCAUCCAUCUACAAUACAGUAAUCAAGUUCCUCAAGGGCUUGGUCCAUUUAUUUAUGUUUUUAAUCUUCCUUGGUGCUUCGCAUAUAUUGUAGAUUUAAUAAAUACUUGAACCAGGUAGUAUUUGAAUGCCUGCUGUGUCAGAAACACUGGGUACACCGCAGAAAAAGUAGCUCAAGAAAUGUGUGUAUAUUUGUAUCUAUUUUAUAGAGGACUAUAAGUAUUUUAAAAUUUGUCAGUAAAAUAUACUUGUAAAGGUGUGAUGUUAAAG